CGGCGACCUUUGGAUAGGCAGCUCGCUCUUUCGUUCUUUCUUUGGAGAGCUCCGAGGGAGCCAUCGAGGUUGGAGGGGGCGCGCUCGCUUCCUGCCUCCGCCGACUCACGCCCACCCACCCCCUCCCGUCACCCACCAUGCGGCUCGCCCCAGUCUGGGCUGCCGUCGCCCUCUCGAUCUCCGCCUUCCCAGUCUCCUACACGCUGAACAGGCUGUCGGCUCUGGAACACUCCUGGUCCGUGGCCUUGGUGGGUGCCGUGGUCCUUGUAGGCUUGUUCGCUCUGGUCUACCUUCCCAGUCAGUCCCAGGAUCCUCUCUUCUAUGUGUUUAUGGUCUUUUCCUUCACAUCUGUGAUCGAUGCAAUAAUUGCGCUGGAAGAAGAUGGCUAUAUCGGCGGAUUCAUGGAGUUCUACAUGAAAGAGGGUGAGCCCUACCUCCGCACGGCCUACGGCAUUAUGAUCUGUUACUGGGACGGCGUGGUCCACUACGGUCUCUACCUCGCGAUGAUUACAGCCAUGUCUCAACGAAAGAGUUACCGGAGUUUUGGCCUGUACUGGAUUGGGUCCCUCACGAUGAGUCUUCUGGUUUUCUUGCCGGGCAACAUUGUUGGGAAAUAUGGGUCUGAGAUCCGGCUGGCCUACUUCCUCAACUUCCCUUAUCUUCUCAUCCCCAUCUGGGCAGCAAGGAGAAUCUUCAGCCAGCCCAAGCCUUUGCCCCUUCUGAUGGCGGAUAAGGUUUCUGAAGAGCAGAGCCGAAGUAUCCUCCAGCGCCCGCUGGACUUGGGACUGGUGGGGUUCUUUCUCCUUUCCGCGGCGUUCACGCUCUUCAGAGGCCUGGUCGUGUUGGACUGCCCGGCUGACGUUUGCUUCGAUUAUGUGUACCAGCAAGAACCGUACCUGCGGGACCCCGUGGCCUACCCCAAAGUCCAGGCACAGUUCUCUCACCUCGGGUCUUCCCUCCACCACCGCACCCCCUACCCCUACCGCACCCCCGAAGGGGCUUGGUGGUUCGUGGUGGUCUCCAAUGUGGUGUACGCCAUGGGGCCCCACCUCCUCGCCUACCGCUGCCUCUGCAACCCCGCCUUCUUCUACCCGGUGGCCCUUCGAGAUGAAGAAAAGAAGAAGCAGUGAGGUCGGCAGGGGCCUCCCUGUGUGUCGGACACCCCACUGAAGAGGGGCUCUGUGUCAAGGGGAGGGGAGGGCUUGCAGGACGACUCUGAUGCAGUCUUUACUCUCUGUCUGAGGGUUUGCUGCGUCUGCACUGGGGCACUGAAAUCUGAUUUCAAAUCGGGGCCCGAGCAAGGAAUCUUGGGAGCUGGCGUGUGCCGAAGAAACGUCUGGGCAUCCUUACAAAUUUCCUGUUUCGGUGUGGGGGGUGGGGUUGGCAGCGUCAAACGCUUUCUGUGUGCAUUGCAGAUAAGCCAAUUACUGCAGGCCAGGAUCAUAUUUGGGGGCGGGGCGCA